GCCCAUCAUCCGGACCUCUGCCCGACCCCAGGCCAAAUCUGCCUCUGUUGCCGAAGGAUUGACUUGUCGACGUCUGCCUGCCCGGGUCGAAUUCGACGAUACCAGUCUCUCGCCUGCCCGCUCGGCCCGUCUCCACAGCCACAGCCACAGCCACAGAACAACAGCAGCUCGCUAUGCUUACCUCGCACCUGUUUCCGCCCCAGCUGGCUCCGACAGCCCCAGCAUCAACGGCAGCAGCAGCGGCUCCGCCUCGGCGCAUCCAGGUGGACCUGAAUCUGCGCCUGAUAUGCCAGAACUGUCGGGACCCGGUCCCCAACAUUGUCGAGGACUUCGCUGCGGGUGAUCUGAUCUGCGGAAGCUGUGGCUUGGUUCUUGGCAAUCGAAUCAUCGACACCAGAUCCGAAUGGCGCACGUUUGCCAACGGUGACGAUGGGGGUGACGACCCGUCUCGUGUCGGCUCGGCGGGCGAUCCGAUCUUUGGAAGGCCAAACCAGCUCGAUGCCACCACCAUCGACAGACGAGACGGUGGAACGGGCUCGGCCAGAGAUCUCAGCCGUGCCCAUGGCAAAGUAACCAACCUCCGAGGGGAGCAGCAGAUGCUGCAGGCCUUUCGGGAGAUUCAGUCCAUGUGCGAAGGCAUCGGCCUCUCCAAGAUUGCUGUGGAUUCUGCAAAGCAGUUCUACAAGCGGGUUGAGGACGAGAAGCUUCUCCGCGGCAAGACCCAGGAGGCAAUCAUGGCCUCCUGUAUCUACAUUGCCUGCCGCGAGCACAAGGUCAACCGAACCUUCCGUGAGAUCUGUGCCCUCACCAAGGUCUCCAAGAAGGAGAUUGGCCGCUGCUACAAGGCGAUGCAUCCGCUGUUUGAUCGACCUUCCGAGAUCGACCACAGUCCCAUGAUCAUCCGUUUCUCGUCGUUUUUGGGGAUGGGGCCCGAGGCCGUCAAGAAUACGCACUUGAUUGUUGACCGAGCAAACGAGAGAGGUGUCCUCGCUGGCAAGAGCCCCAUCUCGCUCGUUGCUGCGGCACUCUAUUUUACAUCGUCGCUUUCGGCCUCCCCCAAGACGGCCAAGGAGAUUGCCGAGAUUGCCGGCUGCACCGAAGCCACCCUGAAGAACGCCUACAAGGUUCUGUACGAGGAUCGCAAUCAGCUCAUCAUCCCCGAAUUCAAAUCAACCAAGCCAGUCGCCGAGCUGCCCACGCCCUAAGCCGGUCACAGGACGCACCAGCCCGGAUGGAUCGACAGCGAAUGACAGCCACAUCCUCCUGGCCAUAUCCUCUGACGGCCACCGCCGCCCAAGCGGAUUCAUGGCCUCCCCCCCCCCACUAUAAUUGCUAGAUGAAAUACACUCAUCAGUGUGUCGUA